AUGGAAGGAUCAGAAGCCGAAAGACAAAUCGAUGGAUUACGGGCAUCUAUCGCACCACAGCUGUCUCCUACAAUAAAUAGAAUAACAAUAGUAGGACCACGUGUCAGAGCUAUUAAGAGAACCAGUGCACUGACUGUGAAACCUAAUAAUGAUGAAAUUAAUCGUUCAGCUGUAGCAUCCUUUCAGUGCCCAGUUGCCAUGCACCUCGAACGAUACACGAGGACUGAGACACUGCCAUGUUGCCCAAGCCUGGACGGAGACAAUGGCGGUACCAGGGUUAGGUUCGAACCACAGACCUUUCGGUUAGUGAGUUUGCGCCUCAACUACUGA